CCCACCCAGGACCUCACCAGGCCUCGACCACCUUCAUCUCCAAGCGGACAGUUGGCUCAGUCAGGCUGAACCAUGGCACAAGCCGCCAAGCAUCUCCGCAAGAACAAGGAUUUAGAAGCCCAGCUCGAAGCGGAGCGCAAGGAGAAGGAGGAGGAGAAGGCCAAGAAGAGGAACCGCUCGCGGGAUAAAAAGCGCAAGGCCCACGCGGUGCAUCGCUGGCUAAUCGAUCAGGACGAUAGUUUGAGCUCUGAGCUGCCGGAUGGCCAAGGAGUAUGGCACUUUGAUGAAGCAGCGGAUGCUGCCACCAGUUUUCUGCGGGCAGCUCGUUCGGGUAACAUGGACAAGGCCCUCGACCACAUAAAGAAUGGUAUAGACAUCAACACAGCCAAUCAGAAUGGGCUUAAUGGGUUACAUCUGGCCUCUAAAGAAGGACACGUCAAGAUGGUGCUGGAGCUACUGCAUGGAGGCAUUGAUUUAGAAACACAGACUAAGAAAGGCAACACAGCUCUGCACAUCGCUGCCCUGGCUGGGCAGGAGCAAGUGGUGGCAGAGCUGGUAAAUUACGGGGCCAACGUCAAUGCCCAGUCCCAGGUGAGACCCCUGCCAGUGUCGGAAGAGACUCCAACCCCGACACCACUGGCAGACCCCACUGCAGAAGAGCCACCCGCCACACCGGAUACACAUACAAAGGGCUUCACUCCGCUCUACAUGGCCGCUCAAGAGAAUCAUCUGGAGGUUGUGAAGUUCCUUUUGGAGAAUGGGGCCAAUCAAAGCAUUCCUACUGAGGAUGGCUUUACCCCUCUGGCCGUGGCUCUUCAGCAGGGACAUGAGAACGUUGUGGCCCUGCUCAUCAAUUACGGCACCAAGGGCAAAGUUCGCCUCCCUGCGCUGCACAUAGCGGCGCGGAACGAUGACACGCGCACAGCCGCCGUGCUUCUCCAGAACGACCCCAAUGCAGACGUCCAGAGCAAGACAGGCUUCACACCGCUCCACAUCGCUGCACACUAUGAGAACCUGAACGUAGCUCAGCUGUUGCUCAAUAGAGGAGCCAAUGUCAACUUCACCCCUAAGAAUGGUAUCACACCUCUGCACAUCGCAUCCAGGCGGGGGAACGUGAUCAUGGUUCGACUCCUGCUGGACCGAGGGGCACAGAUUGAUGCCAAAACUAAGGAUGAGUUGACCCCACUGCACUGUGCAGCCAGGAACGGACAUGUGAGGAUUAUUGAGAUCUUGCUGGACCAAGGGGCUCCAAUCCAGGCCAAGACUAAGAACGGCCUGUCCCCCAUCCACAUGUCAGCGCAGGGAGACCACAUGGACUGUGUAAGGCAGCUUCUGCAGUACAACGCCGAGAUUGAUGACAUCACUCUGGACCACCUGACCCCUCUACAUGUUGCGGCCCACUGCGGGCACCACCGCAUGGCCAAAGUGCUGUUGGACAAAGGAGCUAAACCUAACUCCCGUGCCCUGAAUGGUUUUACUCCUCUUCACAUCGCCUGCAAGAAGAACCACAUGCGUGUGAUGGACCUUCUGCUCAAACACUCUGCUUCCCUAGAGGCUGUGACUGAGUCUGGCCUGACUCCUCUGCACGUAGCCUCAUUCAUGGGCCACCGUAAAAUAGUGACCAUCCUGGUCCAGAAGGGGGCGUCACCCAGUGCUUCCAAUGUGAAAGUGGAGACCCCCCUCCACAUGGCGUGUAGAGCAGGACACUAUGAGGUGGCAGAGUUCCUCCUGACCAAUGGAGCGCCGGUAGAUGCAAAGGCCAAGGAUGACCAGACACCGCUCCACUGUGCAUGUCGGAUGGGCCACAAGGAGCUGGUCAAGCUGCUGCUGGAGCACAAGGCCAACCCUAAUUCUACCACCACGGCUGGACACACUCCCCUCCACAUUGCUUCCCGCGAGGGACACAUUCAUACCAUACGUAUCCUGCUGGACAUGGAAGCCCAGCAGACCAAGAUGACCAAGAAAGGUUUCACACCUCUCCAUGUGGCUUCUAAAUAUGGUAAAGUGGACGUGGCAGAGCUGCUUCUAGAGAGAGGAGCAAACCCCAACGCUGCUGGAAAGAAUGGGCUGACAUCUCUCCAUGUGGCUGUCCAUCACAACAACCUAGAUGUAGUCAACCUGCUUGUCAGUAAGGGAGGUUCCCCACACAGUGCAGCUAGGAAUGGCUACACCCCUCUCCACAUAGCAUCAAAGCAGAACCAGGUAGAAGUGGCAAACAGCCUGCUGCAGUGUGGAGCCUCAGCCAACGCUGAGUCCCUCCAGGGUGUCACCCCCCUCCACCUGGCUGCACAGGAGGGCAGGCCGGACAUGGUGGCCCUGCUCAUCUCCAAACAGGCCAACGUCAACCUGGGGAACAAGAGUGGACUGACUCCUCUCCACCUGGUGGCACAGGAAGGCCAUGUGGGAAUUGCUGACAUCCUGGUGAAGCAGGGGGCAUCAGUGUAUGCUGCCACACGGAUGGGAUACACCCCUCUCCAUGUUGCCUGUCACUACGGCAAUGUAAAGAUGGUGAAGUUCCUCUUGCAGCAGCAGGCCAACGUCAACAGCAAGACCAAGGUUGGUUACACAGCACUGCAUCAAGCAGCCCAGCAGGGCCACACAGACAUUGUCACCUUACUGCUCAAACAUGGAGCCCAGCCCAAUGAGGUCACCACUAACGGUACAUCAGCCUUGUCCAUCGCCAAGCGGCUGGGGUACAUAUCUGUAAUUGACGUUCUCAAACUGGUAACCGAGGAGACAGUUUCCAUGACCACGACAGAGAAACAUCGUAUGAGUUUCCCAGAAACAGUGGAUGAAAUACUGGACGUAUCAGAGGAUGAAGGAAUUGCACAGCUAACAAUAGGGGAGGAGCUUUUGGGGACGGAAGGAGCCAGGUACAUGAAGAUGGAUGACUUGAAGGACCAUGAUGACGAUUUCCUGUCACCCAAGAAAUCUAUGGAUAACUACUCUCCUGCCAUUCCCAGGAUUCCCUGUGUCUCCCCGGAGACGGUCAUCCAUGAGCAGGUGCACACUCCACUACAGAAGGAGUAUGACGAUGACUCCCUGAUCCCCAGCAGUCCCGCCACAGAGACCUCGGACAACGUCAGCCCUGUAGCCAGCCCCAUACACACGGGGUUCCUGGUGAGUUUCAUGGUGGACGCGCGGGGCGGCUCAAUGCGAGGCAGCAGACAUAACGGCCUGCGUGUCAUCAUCCCCCCGCGGACCUGCGCUGCGCCCACACGCAUCACCUGUCGGCUGGUCAAGCCGCAGAAGCUCACCACACCGCCCCCCCUGGUGGAGGGAGAGGGCCUGGCCAGCCGCAUCAUCUCCCUGGGCCCAGCCAGCAUGCAGUUCCUGGGGCCUGUGAUCGUGGAGAUCCCUCACUUUGCAGCUCUCGGUCGGGGGGACCGGGAGCUGGUGGUGCUGAGGAGCGAGAAUGGCUCGGUAUGGAAGGAACACCGCAAUCGCUAUGGCGACGAUGUGCUGGAGACCAUCCUCAAUGGGAUGGAUGAAGAUCUGGAGAGCCAGGAGGAACUUGGGAAAAAGCGGAUCCGGCGAAUCAUCUCCACUGACUUCCCCCUCUACUUUGCUGUGGUGUCGCGUGUCCAGCAGGAGAGUGACCUGAUUGGCCCAGAGGGUGGUCAGCUGACCAGUAAGCUUGUGCCGAUGGUUCAGGCUACGUUCCCUGAGACAGCAGUCACCAAGAGAGUCCGUCUGGGCCUGCAGGCCCAACCAGUCCCAGACGAACUGGUUGCUAAACUUCUUGGUAACCAGGCAACCUUCAGCCCCGUGGUGACAGUGGAACCACGGCGACGCAAGUUUCACCGGCCGAUUGGCCUAUGCAUCCCCCUGCCCCCCUCCUGGAGAGAGAGCCCCCGGGACUCCGGAGAGGGGGACACCACCAGCCUGCGCCUGCUCUGCAGUGUCAUCGGUGGCACAGCACCAGCCCAGUGGGAGGACAUCACUGGCACCACCAAGCUCAUAUACAGCAAAGACUGUGCCAACUUCACAACCAAUGUAUCGGCGCGGUUCUGGCUAGCUGAUUGUCCCCGGACAGCCGAGGCUGUGUCUUUUGCCAACCUCCUGUACCGGGAGCUCUCAGCCGUGCCAUACAUGGCCAAAUUUGUGGUGUUUGCCAAGAUGAAUGAGGUCCGUGAAGGCCGCCUGCGCUGCUACUGCAUGACCGACGACAAAAUGGACAAAACCCUGGAGCAGCACGAGAACUUCAGCGAGGUGGCCCGCAGCCGGGACAUCGAGGUGAUGGAGGGAAUGCCGCUGCAUCUGGAGUGUUCUGGAAAUCUGGUCCCAGUGCGGAAGGCUACCCAGCAGCCCCGCUGUUUCAGCUUCCAGGCCUUCAGAGACAACAGACUCCCUGUUUCUGUCAAGGUGAGGGACAGUAGUAAGGAUCACUCUGGAUUCCUGUCCUUCCUGCGCAAGUCUACCAAGUACGAAGAGAGCCAGCAUGUGCUGUGCAACCUCAACAUCACCAUGCCCCCAUGUAUCAAGGCAGCUGGGAGUGAAGACCGGAGGCGAACUCUGACCCCGUUAGCCCUACGGGAGAGAUACAGUGCCCUGAAUGAGCCUGCCAUGGGUAAAGCAUCAAUGAGUGCCAUGGAAAGGACAGAGUUGAAGAUGGCUUUGAUAGCUGAACAGUUGGGACUGAGCUGGGCUGAGCUGGCGAGGGAGCUACAGUUCAGUGUAGAUGACAUUAAUAAGAUCCGUGUGGAGAAUCCUAACUCCCUAUUGGAGCAGAGUUCUGCCCUGCUCAACCUAUGGGCCACGCGCGAGGGCAAGAGAGCCAAGAUGGAGAGUUUGUACACAGCUCUGAAGAGCAUCGACCGGAUGGACAUUGUGAACAUGUUGGAGGGCCAGCCGCCUCAGGUUGCAGGGAGGCCUGCCCGGGAGCCAAGCAGACGCAGACACAAUGACAGCGACCACCUCUCCCCGGGAUUGACCAAUGGUUACGGGCUAAUGCAGGAGGAGCUGCUCUCCCCUGCCUCCAUGCAGUACAGCCUGCCCUCCCCGCUGGGCAACGAGCCCUACUGGCAAGAGGUCUCCAGUAUGGAGUGUGCUCCAAUGGCGCCCACAGAGGAGGACACCCUCAUGGAGAUGUCAGACGUGCAGGUGUGGCCCUCAGGCAACAGCCCCUCCCUAGUGGCCGUGGAGGACUCCUCGCUGGAGUGCAGCAAUGCAGACGACUCGGAGGGGCUGCUGGGGCUGCCGUAUGGGAGCCUGGGCCGGCCCGGCAGUGGGGCCAGCGGAGGGGGGCUGAGUGGCUCCAUGGAGCUGGUGGAGGACAACUCAGAGAUGGGGGCUGUUGACUCGUUCAGCACUGCCACCCCCGCCACCCCGGCCUCGUUCAGUACCGCCACCCCUUCUUCGUUCGGAGGUGCCGUCGCCACCGGCGGUUCGGUCAGCAGUGUUAAUGGGCUGGAUCAAGGGUCAAAGGUCGUGAGGUCAGAGGCAGCUGCGGUCGAAGGCAACUUGGCAGGUGGAGAUGGAGUUGGAGGAGGAGGAGGAGGGACAGGCUCAGAGGAAGAGCUUUCUCUUGUUGCAGGACAACAGCAGAGGGUGUACGCCCGGCUGAGCGAGUCGCCCGGUCUGAGCCGCGUAGCUGAUCGUAAUGGAGACAGGUCCAGUAGAGGUAGUGGAGGUAGUGGAGGUAGCGGAGGUAGUGCAGGAAGUGGCGGAGGAGGCUCUUUCCUGUCCUACCUGCAGGAGCAGUCGGGCCCUGGCUGGCAGCCCGUCAAGGACCACACUCAGGCAUGGGUGGGCACACAGACCGCCAAACCCAGGCAGGCCAUGGACUCUAUGAUGUCAUCGGUGCGCGCGGCCAUGGACGUGGACACCAGCCAGUCUCGUGUGUCCCAGGAGGCCUUGCUACAGCCAGUACGAGACAUGGGGCACUCUGAGAUCUUGCGCGGCCACUUCAGGGGCACCCAGCCGUUUGAGAAGGGCCUGGGCUUCCCCCACAGGGUGCCAGAUGUGCGGCCCUGGGAAGAUGUACACCUCAGGGGGCAGGGUGAUGAGACCGAUGAUCUCCCUGGGGAACAAGUGAGUGAGGAGCAAUUUACAGACCAACACGGAAACAUUGUCACCAAGAAGACUGUGAGGAAGGUGGUGCGCAGAGGAAAGGGCUCAGGUGAAGAGGGGGGUCAGGAGCAGGCAGUCAGCAUGGAGGGCUCUCUGCAGGAUGCUCAUGAGCUGGAUGAAGAGGCGGAGCAUUUCAUGAAUUACGCCGUCCUGAGCAGCAAGAAGUAUCCCAACUUUGGAGGAAGUGUCCUGACUCAGCUUUUCCUUUCUAUGAAGUUCCUGUCUUGCCAUCUUGAUGGACCAUCUUGCCGAUUACCUUCUAAAUGUUCUUUCAGAAAAUAAUAAAAUAGAUUAUUUUAUUGGACCUCCUGAUCUACUUAACUUACAGCUUUAUGAAAUAUUAUAAACUUGGUGGUUUGAGCCCUGUAUGUUGAUUGUCUGAAAGCUGUGGUAUAUCACUCCAUCGUAUGACAAAAACAUACAUUUAUAAGUACAGUUUAAUACAUCGCAGCUAAGGGUGUCUCCACGUUGCAUCAUAUAUAACGACAGCCCUUAGCCAUGGUACAUCGAAGAUACAACAACUUCUCAGUCUUGAUUGCUUCUAUAUACCUUUUUUAUUGUGUAGUUUUCUACUAAAUUGGAGUCAAUAUUACUGUGUAGUGUUCAGGUGUAGGGGAAUAUCAUUGUGUUGGUGUUAUUUUGUAGUGUUCAGUUGUAGAGUAUAAUUUUGUCUGUAUUAUUGUGCAGCGUUCAGCUGUAGAGGAGUAUCACUGUGUCAGUGUUACUGUGUAGUGUUCAGCUGUAGAGGAGUAUCAUUGUGUUGGUAUUAUUGUGUAGUGUUCAGCUGUUGAGGAGCAUCACUGUGUCAGUGUUACUGUGUAGUGUUCAGCUGUAGAGGAGUAUCAUUGUGUUGGUAUUAUUGUGUAGUGUUCAGCUGUUGAGGAGUAUCACUGUGUCAGUGUUACUGUGUAGUGUUCAGCUGUAGAUGAGUAUCAUUGUGUUAGUGUUACUGUGUAGUGUUCAACUGUAGAGGAGUGUAAUUGUGUUGGUAUUCUUGAGUAGUGUUCAGCUGUAAAGGAGUAUCAUUGUUUCAGUAUUAAUGUGUAGUGUUCAGCUGUAGAGGAGUAUCAUUGUGUCAGUAUUACUGUGUAGUGUUCAGCUGUAGAGGAGGAUCAUUGUGUCAGUAUUACUGUGUAGUGUUCAGCUGUAGAGGAGUGUAAUUGUGUUGGUAAGGUCAAAGUUGACAAAACAGUUAUUCUUUUAAAUGAAUAUAUGGAGCAACUGUGUGUGUGUGUGUGAGUGAGAGGGCACCUACAUAAGAAACACUGAAGAAUGCAAUAGUCCAGAUUGCUGACAUUUCAGAUCAGAAACUAUGUAAUACCAAAUAUGGUCGACAUUUUAAACCUUACUGUAUUGAAUUCUAAAUAAAAUAUUACAUAAACCUAACAAAUUGAUUUCAAAUCAGGAUUUUCAAACAAAACUAAAAAAAAUGUACUUAAAAUGAAAACAAUUACAAACAACAUAGAAUUGAUAAUAACCAGAAAAGGAACCAGCCAGCACGCAAUUAAAAGUUAUAAAUGUUGUUCCCUCAGCAGAUUCAAACCCAGAUAUCCCAUGUGAGAUGCUGUGUAUUUAACCACCACACCACGAAGAUAAACAUUUCCCAAAUGUCAGUAACAUCAUGCCAAGUUUGAAUACUUUGCUAGACACGUUUAGCAUUGUUUUAAAUUGAUUAAUGUUUUUUAUUAAGUGUACCUUCACCACAAAUAGCAUCUAUGAACUGUAUGGCUUUUACCACCGGCCUUUUUAACAUCUUAUUAGCCACUAAUAUGCUUACUAGUAUCUAGUAACUUAAUACUCGUUUUAGUCAUAAGAAUUGAGCAACUGCUAGCAAGACUCAAGAUUUCAUUUCAUGGCACAAAAACAUUUGUUUUUCUUUGAUUCCUGAAUAACAUUGACAUCCGGCAAACAAUAUUUUUUGUAAACAUUUUAAAACAAGACAAAAAUCUAAAACAAUUUGAAAAUGACUGCAAAACAUUUUCACCAGGCAACAUAAGUCAUUUCAAUUCACCUACGUUCUUCCCUGCAGUUACUGCCUGUUUUUACAAUACUCAGAUUUUUGCUUUCACUGUUUGAAUCUUUGCUUUUUCUAAACCUAAACCUAUACAUUAGUGCAUGUUGUUUUACAAGGCUACACCGGCAGUUGAAACAGUCUAGCCCAGAAUCGGAGUCUAGGCCUUUCUUUGUGCCAUGGACUGGCAAAGCAUUGUCUUUCCCCUGGGGACCAUCUUAUUUUAAUUACCAUUUCACUAUAAACAUGUUGAACUGUUUUAACAUAUUCAUAUUAUGGUCCAUCAAGUCAUAUCACUGGUGUUAUUUGAAACAAUUGUGUGAUAAAAAAUGUAAUUGGGCCUUUAGGCCACUCAAAUUAACACAACUAAAUAACACAAAACAAAUGUAAAAGUAAACUAAAUAUUAUUGUGUACUGUGAAGUUAUUAAAUGCACACAACAGUGUAGUUGAAGUAAAUUCAAAACGGUUGGCUGUUUAUUAUUCCCUUUGACUCACUCUAACAUUGGUUUUCACAAUUUAUUUUAUUUUUAAUUUAAUGCAUGCGGUGUGAAAGUGACCCCAUAUAGUGAUUACUACAAUCACUUCUCACUUUGAAAAGACACAUCUUGUCCAAACAGUUUAAUUCUAAACAGACUAUGACUUGGUAAAAUCACAUAUAGCGCUCUCUACUAAUAUUGUAACCCUUGGUAAAUAAGCAAAACAAAAACAAAUCCCAUAGGCAUCCAUCAUUAUGGAAAACACCAGAGAAUAAAGUAAUGAUGGGUGACAAAAGUUGUUGAGCUGCACCAAAUGGCUCAGUGUUUCAAAAUGCCCGUUUCUACUGUAAGGGCUAUAAUUAAGAUGUUUAAAGAGACACUGUUUAGAGUCCUGCCUCUAAACAAUGACCCAACUUGACUUCCCUCACCAGAUGAGACCGAUAUAGUGUCAGCUAGUCCAGGGAGGUUUAGGGUGGGAAGGAUAGUACUGCGAGCAUCUAAAGUUAAUUUAAGUUACGUUUUAAUUAAAGUUAAGUAGAUUACAAGUCAAUGCAAACUGAAAAAUGGACUGGCAAGAAUGUUUAAAUGAGGAUUAUGUCAGUAAUACAUUUUGUAGAAACAGAUUUGAAACAUCAUCUUCAAACAAUAACUGCAGAUAUCUACUGGUAAUUUUUGCUUGCAUUUAUGCUAGUAGAACAGUAGAAAUCUUACAUAUUGCCCCUUUAAAGCAACUGGAGAUGGAGGCGUGUCUAUAUUGAUCCCAUGCACAAUGAGGAGGAUGUUUCGAGGGGCCAAAGUUCUCCAAGGAUUUAUGUUUUUUGGGUCAGAAAAUCUGAUGUCCCUUACAUAACCAUGUGUUGUUUGUAAGGGUUGCCAUCAAAAAGUAUUUGCUGUCAUCAAAUAACAAACUCAAGCACCUGCAGUUUGCCAUACAUUUCAAUGGGACCAGGGUCUAUGGUGAGAAAAGACCACAAUAGAGCUUUUUGGAAACAAACAACAGAGGUAGGUUUAGCAUAGACAGAAAGAUAGCCAUGCCUAAAAGUACCUCAUCCCCACUGUGAAUUUCAAGUAUGGUGGUGGAUCCUUAAAGAUGUGGGGCUGUUUUUCUUCCAAAGGCCCUGGACUACUUGUUAGGAUACAUGGUAUCAUUGAAUUCAUCAAGUACCAGCAGAUAUUAAAUCAUAACCUCACUGCUUCUGCCAGGACGCUUAAACUCGGCCGUGGUUGGAUCUUCUAGCAGGACAAUGAUCCAAAGCACACCUCAAAAUCAGCAUGUGACAGAUAGGCCUACUAACAUAUACAGAUGGUUCUCUUGAUAUCUGCGCCCUGCAUGCCAACCCAACAGGACCGUUUGGUCUCAUUCUCCUCAGCCUGAUGGGACCUUGACCUUGCACCACAUUAUACUCUGUUUCU